ACGGAGUAGGAUCAUAUGACCUGCAGGAAUCGCCAGCAACAGCGAGGAACAUGGCGUCUGCAUUGACUGUACCAGGCGUGUUCGCGGUGCUGUUUCUCUGCUUUGUGAGCACCGUGCAGCCCGUGGAGGCUUAUGACGGCGGGGACGCUGUGGCUCUGCUCUUGGGGAUGGCCAUCACGGUGGUCGGCUUCUGCGCGUGUCUCGGCUGGUACUCACGGAGACGCAGCGGACAGUUUUGAUACGACAUGAUGUAGGCCUACGGUCCGGAAAUGUCUCUUCUUGCCUCCUGAAACCCCGCGCCAAGCUGGUCGCUUUUUCCUGAACGUGUGGCGGAUAUAAAGGACUCUUGACACACUGGAGUGGAAGAAAAAGGCGACUCGACUCGAGGGUCCGAGAUCGAAAAGACUGAAGUUUUAUUAUAACACCAAGCCGGAGAGACAGUACGCUGUGUAAAAGUCAACAUGGACUUUUAGUGGACACACCGGAAUCAUGGCGUUCAAGCACAUCUGUACGACAUUAGGACUCUCCUUUACUUUGAUGUACACGACUGGACUUCCUUUUCUUCCUCCUGCUAUAACGUUACACAUAACUCUGUCAUUCCACUUUUAUUCCCUGAAACAUGUGCCCUGAAUUAAUUCUUCAGAUUUUAAGCACUGAAAGUCUUGUUGCCCCUGCUGUUUUGCACUUCAAAUAUAUAGUUUUAAUAUCGUGAACUAUACCUGAAAGAUCAUUGCUUCUUGCAUAUGCUUAUUUUCUGUAUUAAACUCUAUGAAUGCCCCA